AUGAAAUAUAACAGGCUGUGAAAUGCUAAGAAACUGCCCGCUUGCGGCUGCGCGCCGCACAACCAGCGGGUUAGCCCACCUAAUUGCAGGAAUGCAAUCGCUCUCUGAGUGACUGACUACACACAGCAGAAAAAUAGCCCAGGCGCUUGGAAUCUGGCACCGGCCGACGAUGCAGAUAGAGAGGGGGGUUGGGCAGGGCAAGACAAGAUGAGCUGCUGCUGGCAUUAAGAAGCAACUUUUGGCUCUUUUAAAAAAAAAGAAGAAAUUGCAACAGUAGCCCUUUUUACAUUGCACAAGGCGAGAGUGAUGGUGGUUAUUUCAGGACCCAAGGGAAACCAGCAACCAGAUGAUACAAUGUCGGGUUCGGAACCAGAAGACGACGUGAGGAAGCCAGCUCUCAACACACUGAUUAUGCAAAAGUUCCCAGAGGUUGUACCACUGAAUGUAGGAGGCAUGUAUUUUACUACAAGACUCUCCACAUUGAGGCGCUAUGAAGACACUAUGCUAGCUGCUAUGUUUAGUGGCCGUCAUCAUAUUCCCACUGAUUCAGAGGGCCGAUUCUUUAUUGAUAGAGAUGGUACAUACUUUGGAGACAUUCUUAAUUUUUUACGGAGUGAUGACUUGCCCCCUCGUGAGCGAGUGAGAACUGUUUACACAGAGGCACAGUAUUAUUCCAUUGGACCAUUGCUAGAGUGUCUGGAUGAGCUGCAACCCUUGGCUAGUGAAAAAGUCAGGAAGGCAUUUUUGGACUUACUGCCUUAUUACAAAGAAAAUUUGGAGCGGAUAAUUGAAAUUGCAAAACAGAGAGCAAUUCAACGAAAGGCAAGGUUUGCAAAAUUGAAGAUUUGUGUGUAUAAGGAGGAGAUGCCGGUGACUCCAUAUGAACGGCCACUGUACAACACGCUGCGCUUUGACAGAAGUGAGAAUGAGACAAAACUCUUUGAGCAUCAUUGUGAAGUUGAUGUGUCCUUUGGUCCAUGGGAAGCGAUCGCCGAUGUCUAUGACCUUCUUCAUUGCAUCGUGACUGACUUGGCAGACAGAGGCAUUACAGUGGACCACCAGUGCAUUGGCGUGUGCGACAAGCACCUCAUAAACUAUUACUACUGUAAACGCCCCAUCUAUGAGUUCAAGAUUACUUGGUGGUAACGGAAAUGUUGUGAUUAUUCUGAGCUUCCUUAUUUAUCUGAUAAAAUGUUAUAAGAAGAUGAACUUUGAAAGUUAACACUGAAGGCACCACCAAAACUCGGCAAUCCCAAUUUCUCGACGUGUUCUGCAGCCAGGAAUGUGUCUUGUAACGAGGUGGAUGUGAUUAGGUUAUUUGCAAACUGGAGUGUUAAUAUACUGUGGCCAUUUUUUGUGCCAACGGAUCAGAUCUACUAAUGCCUUAACCUGAAUUGUUUGCAUGAUCAAGGUGUCUUUUUGAAAGCCUCGAAAUGCAGACAUACUUCACAAAAAUCUCUCUGAUUAGUAUAUUAUGCAGUUCAAUCGUUUCCUCAUUUUUCCAUGCAAGUACAGUGUGACGGUAUAAUGUGAUGGUAUAAAAAAUGCAAGGGAUAUAUAAAUAUAUAUAUAUAGUGCCUUCCAUAAACUCAGGAUGUCCCGAAGCACAUUAAUGCUAAUGUAAUAUUUUUGAUAUGUGGCCACUGUUGCAAAGUGUGAAAAUGUCUUGUCUGUUUGUGAACAACAGGGUCCCACAAAAGGUAAGAUGAUAAUGACCAAGUGAUCUGUUUUGUGACAUUAAUCAAGGCAUAAAUGUUAGCUAGAAUAUAUGUUGGUUGUCUCCUUCAAUGUCUCCUUUCACAUCCACAUAGGAGAACAGAUUUAGUUUGGUUAGUUUAGCUUAUUAUUGUCAAGUGUACUGAGGUACAGUGAAAAGCUUUUUGUUGCAUGCUACCCAAUCAACAAAAAGACAACACGUUAUUACAAUAGACAAUAGGUGCAGGAGAAGGCCAU